UGCGGCAAUCUGUAACUAACCCAAUCACAAACUAACAUCCAUCCAAAACUUUUCAUAUCUUCACAUUAUAUAUAAUUCCAAUAAUCCUCUUCUUCCUCACAUCACUAUUUCAAACUCCAUUUUCCUCCAUCUAAACACCUAAUUCACAAUUCCUCUUAUUUUAAUGUCUUCAAUUCCCCUUUUCUCUCCAUUAACACACUCUAAACAAAACCGUCAAUCUUUCAAAGUUCUAUCCCUCGUACAAUCUCGUUCUUCCUUUCCAAUUCAAAGGGUCUCAAAUGAUGGCUCUAUGUUGAAUUUCGCUCGUUCAACUUCCAAUUUUAAUACCAGAUUUGGGUUUUGUCGUAGAAAGGGGAAAUCUUCUUUUAUUACUUUUUGUGUUGAUGAAAGUGUUGUUGGUGGUGAAGUUGGAGAAAGAGAUUUGUCUCAGUUGUUGUCUGCAUUGCUUCCUUUUGUUGUUGCUGCUACUGCUGUUGCUGCUCUUUCUCAACCUUCCACUUUCACUUGGGUAUCUAAAGAUUUAUAUGCACCAGCUCUUGGUGGGAUUAUGUUAUCAAUUGGGAUAAGACUAUCCAUAGAUGAUUUUGCUCUUGCCAUCAAAAGGCCUUUACCACUUUCCAUUGGGUUUAUUGCUCAAUAUGUAUUGAAACCGGUACUCGGUAUCUUGAUUGCAAAGGCUUUCGGUUUGCCUAGAAUGUUUUAUGCAGGCUUUGUCCUCACAGCUUGUGUUUCAGGAGCUCAGUUAUCUAGCUAUGCAAGCUUUAUAAGCAAAGGGGAUGUAGCCCUAUGCAUUCUUCUUACAACCUAUACCACUAUUGCGUCGGUUAUUGUUACGCCUUUAUUAACCGGUCUUCUAAUUGGAUCUGUUGUGCCAGUUGAUGCAGUUGCCAUGUCUAAGUCGAUAUUACAGGUUGUUCUUGUUCCGGUGACACUUGGUCUUCUUCUUAAUACCUACGCGAAGCCAGUUGUAUCUAUUAUUCAACCCGUGAUGCCCUUUGUUGCUAUGAUUUGUACUUCAUUGUGCAUUGGCAGCCCUCUUGCUAUAAACCGAAAUCAAAUUUUGUCAGGCGAAGGUCUCCGGUUGGUUGCUCCAAUUUUAAUGUUUCAUGCUGCUGCAUUCACCUUAGGAUAUUGGUUCUCAAACCUGCCAUCCUUAAGGCAAGAAGAACAUGUGAGCAGAACAAUUUCAUUGUGCACUGGAAUGCAGAGCUCAACCCUAGCAGGUCUUCUUGCAACACAAUUUUUAGGUACUAGUCAAGCAGUUCCUCCUGCAUGUUCUGUUGUAGCAAUGGCAAUAAUGGGUCUCUGUCUUGCUUCCUUUUGGGGAAAGGGUUUUGAAAUUAAAAACCUUCUCUCAUUACCUUCACUAAGAACGAAUUCUGCUGUUCAGGCUUAGCUUCUUGUUUUCGGAUGCAAAUUUGUUCGCAUUGGUCGGACAAUGAAGCCUGGUAAAUUUAAUGUAGUGGUACUAAUAUCAGAGAUGGCUAGGAAAUUUAGGUAUACAAGAAAUUUGAAGUGUAUAGGUUAGUCAUAUAUGAUGAACAGAAAAGAUUUUUUGUUACUGAUAUGGUUGGUAUACACGACCGGAGAAAAUGUUCGCAUCAUAAUGAGGUAUCGAAAUAGAUAUAGAGAUUGCUAUUUAUUCUUUAUGUAGCUGCAAAUGAAUGCACCGUGUACAUGGAUAUAGCCUUGGUAUGUUAUUGAUGAUUGACUGAUUUACGAUUAACGGAUCGCCCUCUCUUA